GGGUACAAAAUUUUUGGGAUUUCCAAAGAAACACAAAUGCGCCUCCUCCUGCUACAAUCUACGUCAUUUCUUCUUCGAAUCUUUGGCCUCACUUGAUAUGCCUCACCCACUGAAACAAAUGUGAAACCCUUUUUCUUGUGAAAAAGUGAACAUUUAUUGGUCGGGCCGAUUCUUUACAAUUACUUUUUCACUUAUAGGAUUUAUAUUAUAGUGCUUCUACUAUAGAUUUCUUGGUUUGGUAGAUUUUGGUGGAAGAACCCAAGAAUUGGAGGUAUAUUUGGAAAUGGGUUCUUUUUGUUGAUGGAUUUUGCAGCCCAGAGAUUUCUGUUCAAUGGAUAUGCAUUUGGUUUUCUUGAUGUUUUCUGUAGUUCAUCUGAAUGUUUAAAAGUUUUGACAAAGUCUUCAUUCUGGGUUCUGACUUUGAUACUGAUAUAAGGCUACUUUUGUUUUUAAGGGAUUCUAAAUUUUUUAUCUGUUUGAUUGGUUGAGGUUAAUGGUUUUAAGAAAUUGUGUAGUUGACAAUUAUUUUAUCAGAGGAGGUGGUUUCAAUUUUUUUAUUUUUAAUUUGAAAGCUGAGGUAUUGUUUCUUGAUAUAGACAGUAUGAGCGAUCAUUGAGAUCCCGACUUCACCUUGACGGUUAUGCUACGAUGCCCUUAUAUUGACUGCAAUUGGGAUUGUUAUGUGAAGGAUAGGAAAAAAGAGCAUACAUUUUGGUGGCUUGAAAAUGGAUGUUUGGAUUGUUGCUGCAGCAGCUGGUGCUGGGUAUAUAGCUAAGCAUUUGAAGAAUCUUACUCGGGUUAAACAUUAUUUUUCAGAUUUAUCUUCAGCUAAUGCUAAUUUUUAUAGACCUGAAUCCUCGCCAAAUAAACGGGAGGUUCAAGACAAGAACUGCCCCUUCCCCAGUGUUUUACUGAAAAAGAAACUAGUAAAAGAUGAUUAUAUAGAAGAAAAUAAGGCUUAUCAAGAGGCCUCCUCAGCAGAAAUGCCAGUACCAUUGGAUAACCUAAUGAUUUGCAGUACAUCUUGCAAUUCAAAUUUAUUACCUGGGAUUUUGAACAAUGAAGAUGUGCUAGAGGAUUGGGAAUGCAGAGGACAGAACAUUGAUGAGGUUCAUAGUGAUUUAUCACCUCAACUAUCUGCAAGAGAAAUGGGUUUUUCUUAUGGUGUUGAGAGAAAUAGAAGUAGACUUGGAACUAGACGAACUAGCAGGCAAUUCAUAAAACCCUUGACAUCUCUUGAAAGUUGUCUCAUGGCUCAGUUGUACAAGGGGCAUUCGGAAAUUGAAGAAUACACCUUUAGUUCAAUCCAUUCGCCGCACACACCAACUGUUAGACCAUUUGUAGUUACUGAAGGAAACAGAAUAAUCAGCAGACAGGUUUAUGAAUCUUUUAAUUCUCCGACUGGAACAGGGAAUUAUAAGUUGCACAAAAGUACUUAUUCCCGAAAUGGGGAGUUUGUUCUAGGAAUUCCCAGACUACCUAAAGUUGCCUCUAUGGAGAGCCGCAGUAAAGCUAAAUCUGGAAAGGAGAAGGUUACAAGAUUAAGCAAUUCUAGUAGGAUGGUCAAUGGAAAUUACGAUAACUCUUUGCAAGGGUCAUCUGGUGGAGCUCUUAAUUUUUAUCUUGGAUUCUCUAUUGGCAUAAUGUCUUCUUUCUUGGCACAUAAAAGGGAAAUAGAAAAACUGAAUACCUUGUUAAGGCAGACUGAGAACCUGGUACAAGAUCUUCAGGAAGAACUUGAGAUGAAAGAUUCAUUGACUAUGAAAGAGCUUGCUGUAGAAAAUUAUGAAUCACAGGAUAGAAACCGUGACUCUGAUUACAGAGAGACUGUGCAUGCAUUCUCCCCUGAACAGAAAUUGGACAACUCAACAGAGUAUCAUCAUGAAGAAUAUGAUGACCAGAAGGCGCAGAACAUAUCUUUGAGUAAUAUUGAAGCUGAGCUUGAAGCUGAACUGGAGAGAUUGGAAUUGAACAUGAGUUCGUCUAAGUUGGAAAAGAAAAUAUCUAAAUUAGCUGAGGUUGACAAAGAUUUCAUAGCGGAUGUUGCUGAAGGGGAGUUCAGAGCCAACUCGUUUGACAAACCUUAUGUUGAUCGGGAUGGAACUGGUUGCUCGACCCCAUGCUCAGUCCAUUACGCAGUCUCCCCAAGAGAACUGAGUUUACGGUUACAUGAAGUCAUUCAGUCCCAACUAGAAGAGCGAGUCAAGGAGCUCGAGACUGCACUUGAGAACAGUCAGAGGAAGAUCAAAUCCACGGAAUCCAAGCAUAUGCCUUUUUGGAACGAGUUUUCAAACAAUGGAGCAAGAACUUGUGAAGAUUCAUUCACAGAGGAGCCUGUGAUCAUCAAUUUAUCAGGGGAAGCUCUAGCUGCAUACAAUGAGGCUUAUGAUGAGUUUACAAAGGUAACUGAGUCGGAUGAAGAGGACGCGCCAUCUGGGCUCGAGGAGAGCAAUGAUCAGGAGUUCUUUCAGGAAGGGCAGCAGGUUCUUAAUGGGGGCUCAAAUCGUUACACGCAAAAUUCAUUUGCCAAUGGAAGCCCGCCAUUGUUAUCGAAUUAUCAAAAUGACGUCAUAUGUUGCGGCACGGAUGAGAAUGGUGAUAGUGAGGAAGAGAUGGAAAGGUUGUUGAUAAGGCAAAUCGUAGAGAAAGCUAGGAAAGGCUCUCCUGUAAUUUUAAACGCUCAAAGAGCAUUGUCUUCAACUGAUGAAUGAUGCUGAAAUUAAAAAAAUAUAAGAGAGAGAAUUUGCAGGCCAUAGAUUUGGGAAGAAUUUCUUGCCUUUAUUUGUUUUUCUGAACUGUUUUUGAGCAAGAUGUCUGUUCUUCCUAAUA